UCCAUAAAACCCUUCGCCCCCCAUCCUCUCCGGACGACUGGACUCUCGUCAGCUCGUCUCUCUCUGCGAACAUCGCCCAACCCAAACGAGAAGAUCUCCAGAUCUCCUCCCUCCGUUCGCUUCCCUUCUCUUCCUUGUAUUCUUUUCCUCUCUCUCGCUCCAACUGUUACUUUAUUUCAUCCGGUGAUGAGGAUUAGAAAGUGCGCCUCGAAGCUGUUGGGCGCCACGAUCGCCUACUUCUCGCCGCCGAAGCCCUUCGCGUCACCGGCGUGGGACUCGCAGGCUGCUUCUGCGGCGGCCGCCGGGAUUCUCUGCCAGCUGAACCGCUCCCCGUGGGAUCUCAUACCCAAUCACCAGAAUGCCGUUUCCCAGCAGGAAGAUGCGGAUGCCGACCCCGCCGCCGACGACGAUAGGGGCGCCGCCGCAAACCGCAUCAAACCUGAACGGAAACCCGUCGAGCCUCCUCUUAUCAAGAGUGAUGUAAAGAUAAAGGCGGAGGCGGAGGAGGAGGAGGAGAAGGUGAGGAAGAAAGUGAAGAGAAAAAGGGUGGAGAAAGGGAGUGAUUCAACUGCUGCUACCAAGACUGGCGAGACUGCUACACCCUUGUGCAAGAAGAGCGAUGGCAAGGGAUGGCAUUGCAAAAGACUGGCGCACCUUCCCCACUCCCUCUGCCACUACCACCUCACCCAGCUCCGCUCCUAUGCCAACAAUAGCAGUUAUAGAAAAGUAGCCGACGGAGGCGGCGAUAGACAUCGGAAGAAGAAGGCGACGGCGGACGCAGCCGGAGAUGGUAAUAAUUUCUACUACUACUACUACUACUACUAUUCUGCGUUCGGGCCUUGGCGGGGAAAGAGGAGAGGAAGUAAUUAUAGAAGCGAUAAUUUUGGUGGUGGUAUUACUGGUGAUGUCGCUGAAGAAGGAGGAAGAGAGAAUUCGGAGUCCGUGGAUGGGCACGACGCUCCGGCGACCGGCGAUGACGAGGAAGACAACGAGGAGGAGGUGGAUGGAAAGGGCUGCUGUGGCGAGGAGGAUAAGAGUGAUGAGGAUGAGGAGGAGAGGAAUUGCAGGAAGAAGAGAGGAAGGAAGCCCGUGAAGGCCCGUUCUCUCAAAUCUCUACUGUAGCAUCUGCUUUCUAAUGCAUGUGCUUUUAUCUGGAGCGUCCGCGCACGGUCUCUGGAAGUGCAGGUGUAAGUGGGGGACGUAUUGGACUGGAGCUGUUGAUAUGUCUUAGAAAAGUAAAAGUACAUACUUUAGUUUGCUAUCUUUUAUUACUGGUUAACAUGGUAUUCACAUAUGGUUAACAUAAUGUUCGCCGAACCUGGAGGGAGGCCAUCACGAAGCGAACUAAAUUGUGGGCAGCAGCAAUUUGGUCCGGGGAUUCAAUGAGUAACAGUUGGAAUCGAGAUCCACAUUAGGGACUUUGAUGAAAGAGCCUAGGCAGGCUACUGGCGAAUUCAGGAACCUUUCUGUCCAAUUUAACCCAGCUUCAGCUUGCUUCCAAAGGACAUGGUGAAGGUGGAUUUUACGGCGGCCGCUUAUGUGGCUAACCACAUAGGUGGUACUCUAUGAAUUCAGGAUGAGGAUUUGUCUAAGACAUUUCAUGAUGUUUUAUUUUCUGAUUUUAUUGGGUGUGUUCGGAUUUGUACAGGUUGACAUGCCUGCCUAGCGCAAAAGAAAAAAGAGAAGAGAGAAAAAAAAAAAAAGACUUAUUCUACAUCCAGUAAAGCUGAGAGGUCAUUGCCCCACUGGAACGACGCUUGUGUGCGUGUAUUUUAGAGAGAGAGAGAGAGAGAGGUUUUGGUUGUGUUGGCAGGUGGGCCUUGCUAACUUGGUCAUUGCAUAAAAGACUUAUUAGUCU